UCGCCGUCGGUUCAUUACGCCGCGUCCCUUUGUUGGCCCAGUAGCGGCAGCACUUGUGUUGUUAUUUUCUCUGCAACUGAAAAUUUGAAGUCAAAUAUUUUGUUUUGGGUUUUUUUCCGUUUUGUCCUGGCGUUUUCGGCACGCGGGCGUCUCGCGUUCGUACUCUUUCUCGUCGCGAUCAGAUAUUAACCUAGUAAUGGACUCGGACGAGGGUUACAAUUAUGAAUUCGACGACGAGGAAGAGGAAUGCAGCGAAGACAGCGCCGAAGAGGAGCCUGAAGACGACACCCUGGAGCUCGGGGAGGUGGAGCUGGUCGAUCCUGUAGUGGCCGGUGGCGAGCGAGACGAGUGCGCGGAGACGGGGAGCAGCAGCCUAGGGCCUGGCCAGGAUGAAGAGGACUACCGCUUCGAAGUGCUCACUGCCGAACAAAUCCUCCAGCAUAUGGUGGAGUGUAUCAGGGAGGUCAACGAGGUCAUCCAGAACCCUGCCACGAUAACGAGAAUACUUCUCAGCCACUUCAACUGGGACAAAGAGAAGCUUAUGGAGAGGUACUUUGAUGGGAACUUGGACAAGCUGUUCUCAGAGUGUCACGUCAUAAACCCCAGUAAGAAGUCUCGGACGCGCCUGAUGAACACGAGAUCUUCGGCGCAAGAUAUGCACUGUCAGAUCUGCUACCUGAACUACCCCAAUUCGUACUUCACUGGACUGGAGUGUGGACACAAGUUCUGCAUGCAGUGCUGGGGUGAUUACCUAACAACCAAAAUCAUCGAGGAAGGAAUGGGACAGACCAUUUCCUGUCCUGCUCACAGCUGUGACAUCCUGGUGGAUGACAACACGGUCAUGCGGCUGAUAACAGAUUCAAAAGUGAAGUUGAAGUACCAACACUUAAUAACCAAUAGUUUUGUACAGUGCAAUCGACUGUUGAAAUGGUGUCCUGCUCCAGACUGCCACCAUGUGGUGAAAGUGCAGUACCCGGACGCCAAGCCAGUGAGGUGCAAGUGUGGCCGGCAGUUUUGCUUCAACUGUGGAGAGAAUUGGCAUGAUCCUGUCAAGUGCAAGUGGUUGAGGAAGUGGAUUAAAAAAUGUGACGAUGACAGCGAAACGUCUAACUGGAUUGCUGCGAACACAAAGGAGUGUCCCAAAUGUCACGUGACCAUAGAAAAGGACGGGGGCUGCAAUCACAUGGUGUGCCGGAACCAGAACUGCAAAGCAGAGUUCUGCUGGGUUUGCCUGGGUCCCUGGGAACCUCACGGCUCGGCCUGGUACAACUGCAAUCGCUACAAUGAAGAUGAUGCAAAGGCGGCGAGAGAUGCACAGGAGCGCUCCCGCGCCGCCCUGCAGAGGUACCUCUUCUACUGCAACCGCUACAUGAACCACAUGCAGAGCCUGCGCUUCGAGCACAAGCUCUACGCCCAGGUCAAGCAGAAGAUGGAGGAGAUGCAGCAGCACAACAUGUCCUGGAUCGAGGUGCAGUUCCUGAAGAAGGCGGUGGACGUGCUCUGCCAGUGCCGCUCCACCCUCAUGUUCACCUACGUCUUCGCUUUCUACCUCAAGAAGAAUAAUCAGUCCAUUAUCUUCGAGAACAAUCAGGCAGACCUGGAGAAUGCCACCGAGGUGCUGUCAGGAUAUCUGGAGCGAGACAUUUCCCAGGACUCCCUGCAGGAUAUCAAACAGAAAGUGCAGGAUAAAUACAGAUACUGUGAGAGCCGGCGGAGGGUGCUGCUCCAACAUGUGCACGAAGGCUAUGAGAAGGACCUGUGGGAGUACAUCGAGGACUGACCGCGUGACGCUGGCCUCUGCUUUAACCGCUGCAUCUGUUCCCUACCCUCCCCACCCCCUCUGGUUUCCUCUCAAUUAUACUGAAAAGAAAGAUAGAAUAUUAAUAAUAUUAACUGUACAACAGUAUUGUUAGCAGCAGAGUGGAGUGUGACAAGAUGACAAUUUAAAAACAAAAAAAAAAACACACCUACGACCCCCCUCCCUCUCCACCAUUAACUCCCCCCGCCUCGCCCUUGCCCCUGGCUUGUAUUGUAACAUCUUCCUUGUAAUUCCCUCCUUUAUGGUUGUUUCUUUUUUCUUUUUCUUUUUUGGGGUAUGAUUUUUGUUUCUAUUUUGAGUUGAUUUACCAUCUCCACGCGUGCGGAGAAAAGGACUGUUUUCAGCAUGGCUUUCAGUGUCCUGCCCGUGUCAGCUGACUGUGAUAAGAGCCCUGAUUGGGUCUGUGAAUGUCGAUUGGCUGAAUGUUGAUUGGCUGAUUAAGGGGCAAAAUCUUUUGGUAAAAAAGGAGCAAAAAAAAAAACCUAUAAAAAGGAAAUCAGUAUUUUUCAAAGUGUAAAUAACGCAUAUGCAUGGAAGUCUAAUGGCAAGCGUGGCACGUGUUUGCAUAAUUCUUAAGUUUAAAAUAUUUAUUCUUUACAAAAUAUUCAGACAGAUGUAUAUUUGCUGUGUAGUAUUUCUCCCUGCUUUUUUUAAGUUGAAAUUUAUUGUACAUGAGGGUGAGACACUGGGGGUAACCCAGGAUAAAAUAAACACCACCCCCCCCAACCUCCUCCCACCCUCAUGCUCUCUAGAGGAAAGAGUAGUGCUUUUCUGUUGUUGGAGUACCAGCGCCGUCAAAUAAAAUACAGCAGACAGUUUCUCAUAAAUGUUUUGCUGAUAAAAACUGAUCUGAAAAACAGGAGUCAGUUGAAGUGUAGACAGGAUGGCAUUCACGCUGGGCUGAGUGUUAAAGUGAAAGCUGGAUUUUAAAAGUGACCCUGCAAAGUGUCAGUGAUAGGCGAAGGGCAAAGCGUGGUGCAUUUUGCUGAGAAUGAGCUGUGGCGUGAUGGCGGCUGAACCAUUUAACCGGCUCUCCCGUGCGCCUUGCCUCCCGUCCUCCCCCGCGUCUUUCUACCUUCAUCGGCUUAGUUUUUAUAUAGAUACUAUCUGAAAAUGACACUACAGUUGUUUCAUGAGAGCCAAACUGAGUGACAUUCACUCAACGAAAACGUUCUUGGCAGAUGAAGCUUUGAGCCUUUUCUCGUGGUUUUUACGCACCUUCGGGGAUAGGGGGGGUAAAAUGGCAUGUACUGAAAGCACUAUUACACAAGGUCAGAAGAUCGCUUCGCUUCAGACUUAAAGUGGGGAGCUGCUAUGGAGGUAGGAACGACAACAUGUUUCUUUGUCACCUUUUUUUGCAUUUUCAGUUUGCUGGGAAAUUUGACAGUGAUCUGAUUGAAUCUCUACAAUGAGGGCUUGCGUCUGGGGCUGGGACUGAAAGUGUCGGGUCAGACCAGACAGUUGCUUCAACUUUUCUCUUUCUUUGUUUUUUGUUUUGUUUUUUUUAAAAGUACCCCUUGCAUAGGAAGACUGUUCUACAUGCUGUAGCGCUUUUGCAUUUAACAUGUGAGCCGUGUUUACACAGGAAUGUACAAAAAAAAAAA